UUGGUUGUCGUUUCGUAGUUUUAUGUUGUAAUGCGUCGUCGCGAGGGUUCACAAUGUGCAUGGACGUGUUCCUGUUGUUAGGCCUUGCAUUUGUUUGACACCUUUCAAUUUGACGUGAAACAUGGACACUACCGUUCAUGUCAUUUAGACCCUCCCUAGAUUUCUCACGAUCCUGUUUAGCCCACCGGAAGUCAAACAAAAGAUGGCGAAUAAAAUUCAAGAUGUUGAAAUGUUAUCCCGAUUGCGCAAUCAGCGAAUCCGCAAAGCCAACGGACUAGCGACCAACAUAACACUGGACGAAACUCUACGGCCGCUGUGGAAACUGACCCACUACUCUGGGAUUUUGCUGGACUGGUGUUUUCCCAUUUCCAAAAACAAUCCUCGUCGUAUUUGUAAAUUCCUGCGGUACUUUUCAAUCGCUCUUUCGUUCUCUCUGCUCGUAGCCGUCACCUCGUUCCAACUGAUGCAGUUGCUUUUGGGAAUCGAGAAAGCGCCAAACAUUCACGCCAUUAUACCCAACAUGUUGUGGUUUAUUCCGAUUGUGUUGGGUAUCGUCAUCCAGGUGCAUUGCCUUCGUUUGCGGAGGAAAUUUCUCAACUUUUUCAAAGAUUGGCGGCAAUUAGAAAUCGAAAUCGUCCACCUAAAUCCGAAUUGCAUCAUGUGCAAGUCAAAGCAAAUGCAUUUAAUGAUGUAUGGAAUUUACGCUGUCAUAACUCUAGCUUCCGUUAUCGCAUUGGGAAUGGAUAUUUCUAAUAAUCCGGAAUCAUCGUAUCUCAUCUCCACCUAUCCCGCCGUUCGCCAAGUAAUUCCUUUGAUCGUCAUUGGCUCAGUUCAUUUAACGUCGAUUGUGUUGACCUGGAUCCUUACGUCACUGGGUGAUUUCAUUCCUUCGUUCACUUAUUAUCACACCGCACUCGCCGUUAGCUGUUUAGAAAAUGACGUCAGGGCUCUUUUUGAUAAGGGAAAAGACGCUGAUGAUUUGUUUAUUCAAUCUAGACUUUCCUUAAUAGCCGGCAAAUUAGAUCCUUUGAAGAAAUCCCUAUCGACUGAACUGUCAACUUGGCAACUUGACGUUCCGAUUCUUCGCAUCUGGACACGUUUCGAAAAAAUUGGUAAAAUGGUCAAUCGAGCCGAUUUUCUUUUCGGUUCCUUCAUGGUCUACAGUCAAGCUGGGGCUAUAUUUUUCAUAACGGCGCUUCUUUAUUCGGUACUUUACAAUUUGGGUGAUGCCUUGAGGAUGCGAUCCGUUGGCCCAGUUCUCUCCUACAUUCUGAAUUUGUUAGCUAUCCUUUUUCGUUUCUUUUCUACUAUGCUAAUAUCUUCGCAGCUCCAUCGGUCGGUUAAUAAGUUUCGAACGGCUUUGAAUGAUUUGCUGAGCCAAAAUUGGAAUCGAAUGAACAAAGGAGAUCGUGACUUGCUUCGAUCUUUUCUGUGGAGACUUCAAGCUGAUCCGUUGGUUGCCCAUCCUCUAGGCGUCUAUAAGGUGACACCGUCCGUUUUGCUAAGUGUUUUCGGCGUUAUAAUCAGUUACGUCAUUGUAUUACUUCAGUCGAAAUAGCUUGUGCGUUUGUAGGCAAUUUAGAAUUCAUUUUUAAAACUGUUUCGUGACACUUUCGUUUUAUUUGAAGUUAUUAACGUAAUGCGUUAGAAGAAACAUGUCGAGUCAUCGAUGCUAGUCAGGUGUGUGAGUUGUUUGCGUUCUACUCCCGUUUGUACUGCACGCAUAUUUAAUUUGAUCAUUCAAAUGAGUUGAUAGGGUACGACAGGAAAUGAGAGUAAUGCACUUAAUUUUAUUGCCACUUUUUAUUUAUUAGACCGUUAUUUUGUCAAUCUAUAAUAUUGAACGUGUAUAGUGGCGACAGUCGAGCGAAACAUGUUGCGACGGUUAGUUGACAAGGUGCUGGACUCUUUCAAAGACGAGACCAUCAACUUUGAAAAAUGUUUCCGUCCCGUUUUGAUCGCCAUAAACAUUUGUGGAAUUCCAUUGGGAAUGAAGAACACUGACGAACCAACAACUUUACCCGUUUGGAUGGUUUACAUCUUUGGCUGGAUUCUCUACUGCUUAAAUGUCGCAUCCGGAUUGAUGUUGAUUUCGAUAGAGAAAAGAGAAAAAAGUCCAUUCUUUACAAAUAAUCGCACCACGGCUUGGCAAUGGAAUUAUGGAAUAACUACGUACAACAGUGUCUUUUCCUCGAUAGCAGCUCACACGGUCCUCCUGGCCAUUACGACAGUUCGCUGGAAACAUCUUGCUCGCAUUUUCCAUCGCAUGGAACGAAUUAAUCAAUUCGAAUUGAAAGAUUUUGAAGCUUUUCGCGCCAUUUUCCGAUCAGGACUCUUUUUCGCCAUCAUUAGCUAUCUGGCAAUUGGUUUUCAGUCGAUUUCCGCCUUCUUUAUGGCCGAUGUCGAUAUGUGGAAAAUGGUGAUUUACUCGUUUCAACGGGGUUUUAUUAUCGUUAUUUUGCUGGCCGGCGUAUUAUUUUUCUGCUUCGGACGGAUGGCCUCUACUAUGCUUCAGAUUCUUGGCCAAGAAAUGACGAAAUUCAUUUCAAGUGAUGACCAGCAAUCUUUUGAAAACAUCGAUGUUGUCAUAGCUAAAUGGAAUCGCCAUUAUUUCAUGGCCAUUGAUUUUGUCCAUCAGUUUAACCGCUGCUUUGGUUGUUUGUUACUUGUCCUGAUUGCCCCGAUUUUCAUUCGAGUAAUCAGCACUUCAUUCUUUCUGAUGAUUGAAUUAAAAGACGGCCAGUGGACGGCGGCCGUUACUCUGAAUUUGAUUGUAUUGCUCGUUCAUUUUGUGGCUUUCAUAUUUGCGGCAAAUAUUCCACACCGAAUUCGUCAAGAGGCUAUUGAUUUAACCAAGAAGCUGCGCAGAUUUCAACUUAAAGAUUUUACCCAUCAGAAUCAGGUUAAUGUGCUCAUGAUGGAAAUAUCAAAUUCUUUGCCGAAAAUCACUGCAGCUGGUUUCUUCGACAUUGAUCUCCAGCUUAUUCCAACGCUUAUUGGGACAACACUGACGUAUCUCAUAAUUCUUUUCCAAUUUCAAACGUCAGAGAACACUUGAAUUUCUUUCUUGAUUGCAUUAUCCGAUAAACAUGAGCCGUUAAGAAUUGAUACUUAUUUUCUUGUU